GGCGGGAAGCGGAGGUGACGCAGCGGCGCGCGGCACGCGGCGCCAGGGGGGGCAGCGGGGAAGGGGGCCGCGCCAUGGCGGCGGCGACGGGCGGGCGGCGGGAGCUGCUGGCCCUCAUCCACCAGCACCUGCUGCGCGCCGGGUACGCCAGGGCGGCACGGGAGCUGCAGGCGCAGCUCGGGCAGAAGCUGCUGCCUUCCCUGGCCACCUCGCUGGAGGAGAUCUUCACCCACUGGGAGAAAACUCCCUCGAAUUCCAGGAGAAGGAAGGUGAGCGAUGACGAGGCAGCCAUCCCAGAAAAGAUCAGAGUUCCUGAUCCCGUGAGCAGCUCUGAGAGCUCAGAGAAGGAAGAAGAGGAGAAAGAGAAGACAAAACCCGUAAACGCAGCCAGCCGUUCCCUGGCCACGAACUCAGCAGUGAGUGCAGAAAGCAGUGAAGAUGAUGACUCCUCGUCAGAAGAAGAAAUGCCAGCUGGAAAAGGAGCAAUUAAGGUGACACCAGCUGUGGAGAGCGGCAAGGCUGCCAACUCACUGCAUUCCCCUCACAAACCCAGUGCUCCGGCGGGCAAAGCAGCGCUGCCCUCUGCUGCAGACAGAACUGUGGGCUUGAAUAAGCAGCAGCCCGGUGCACCGGCUGCGUCUCCGGCCAAAGCUGGCCAGAAACAGCCUGGUCCUGGAAAGCCCAGACAAGCUGCAGCAGCCGUGAGCAAAGGAGGGCAAAGCAAAGCACCGGUAACGCCCAAAGCACCCGAGAGCUCCAGCUCCAGCAGCGGCAGCAGCAGCUCCUCGUCAGACAGUGAGGAGGAAAAGGAGCCUCCUCCGGCUGUGAAGAACACAGCCCCCAAAGUGGAACUGAAGCAGGCAGCUGGGGCCGCUGAGAGUAGCAGUGAGGAGUCAAGCGAUGAGACAUCUGAGGAGGAGGAGCUUGCGACUCCAGCAGUCCAGGCAAAGCCAGCUGUUAAAGCAGCGCCGGUGAAUUCCACACCUGUGAAAAGCGCACCUGCUGCUGCCGUGCCCGCCAAGAAGAGCGCAGUGAGGCCGGCAGCAGCGCCACCAGAGCAGGCCAAGCCCGGAUCAACGACGGUUCCUGGGGCUGCGAAGCCCGACGACACCUCGGAGAGCAGCGACUCUUCAGCCAGCGAAGAUGAGGAACCUCCCCCAGGAACCCAAACGAAGCCACCUCCAAAACCCUCCCAGGCCAUCCCACCCCCAGUGAAACCUACGCCAGCAGCAUCGCUCCACAGCAAAGCAGCUCCAGCAAAACCCCUUCUGCCGUCCCAAGGGAAGCCAGCACCAAAACCAGCGGUGCCAAAGCAGGCGAAAACCGUGCCGGGAAGGACUGCUGCUCCCGCAAAGCCUGCUGAAAGCGCAAAGCCAGAGGAGAGCAGCGACUCCUCGAGCAGCGAAGAGGAGGAUCUGCCUAUGCCUGUCAGCCAGAAGAGGUUGACAGAACAGCCUGGGCCUGUUCCCAACCUGAGCCAGGCUAAAGCCGGGGUGCCUGAAAAGGCAGCGGGAAGCACUUUGAGAAGCCCGACCUCAGAAAGCGGGAGCAGCGACUCGUCUGACAGCGAAGAGGAGCCCCCGGCGGCACAGCCGCAGCCUCCGCAGGCUGCAGCAAAAGGCAUUGCCACGCCCCAGCCAACAAGCGUGAAGAAGGCACCAGCUCCCACGCCAGCCCCGGUGCCAGCCCCAGCCCCUCCUCCUGCGGACAGCAGCGAUGAUUCCAGCGAGGAGUCGGACUCAGACGAGGAAGUGGUUCCCCCGACACAGAGCCUGUCCCAGCAGAACGUCAGACCAACCGCGGCUCCCAACGCAGUGGCCGCCAAGGCUGUUGCCCCGUCACCUGGGAAGGGGAUCAAAACGCCGGCUAUCCCUCCGGGUUGCAGAGUGCCUGAGAGCUCGAGGAGCAACGCGGUGGUGGGAGAGGCCCUUCCUCCUCCUUGCCUAAAGCAGACAGCCUCCCCGGGGAAAGCUCCUCCAGCCAUCGCUGCUGCCCCGCAGCCUGCUUCGGCGCUGAGGAGCCCCACUGACAAGUCGAAGAAGCCAGGCCCGCAGCCGGCACAGGACACCAGGCUGAGCCAGGCUGCGCCCCCCAGCCAGGCAGAGGAGACCUCGGACAGCAGCAGUUCCUCCGACAGCGAGGAGGAGACGCCCAAGCAGCCCCCUAAACCUGGCGUGCUGCAGAAACCGGGAGGGACUGAGCCAGGCCACAGCUCCUCCUCGGACUCCAGCGAGGAAGAGGAGGCAGCGUCACAGUCCCUCCUCGCAGGCUAUGUGGGCCCCUCCAGUGCUCCAGCAGCACCUCAGGCGCCAAAGGCAGUUCCCCCCCAGCCUGUAAGCAAAGCAGGGCAAGGAAAAGCAGCCGUGCCUGCCGCUAACUCCCUCGCCAAGGUCCCUGUGAGAGCAGCCCCAGCUGACAGCGACAGCAGCGACUCCGAAACAGACGUCGAGCAGGUGUCUGCAAACCACAGAGCAGAAACCAACCCCCCUCCAGGACAGGCAGCCGCAGGAGCCUCCAACAAAGAGAAGGUGGCAGGAAAAAUGGAUCCAGGUUAUACCAACCUCAAACCCUCCCCAUCGAAGAAAGCCCUGGCUGUGAAGGAGAAUGAUGUCGGGGCAAAAGGGACACCUGUGACCCCCGUGCCAGGAACGCUGCUCUCGGUCCCGCAGUCAGAGGAUUCGAGCUCGGGGAGCGAAAGUGACAUCGUAGCUGCCAAAAUGCCAGCAGUGCAAACGCUGGGAGGGUCGGAAGAGAAAAAGAAGAAGAAAAAGGAGAAAAAAGAAAAGAAGGAAAAGAAGAAAUCUUCCUCUGCAGCAGGCAAGGCUGUGAAAACAUCGAAGAGCAAAGACAAAGAGAAUAAGAAGCAGAAAGCGUCUCAGAAGCGGAAACUGCCAGGAGAGGAGGGGGCCGUUGGGCAGCCUAAGGAAAAGAAGCGGAAAGGACAAGCCAAUGAAGAAGUACCCAAAAAGAAGAAGAAGAAAGCUGAUGACCUGGAGAAGCAGCCGGGCAGCAAGGAGAAGAAAAAAACAAGUAAAAAAAAAAAGAGUGGGAAAGAAAAGAAGAGCAAAAAGGGCUCUGCAGAAGGGGAGCAGGCAGCAGACAGCUCUGCUGAAGUUCAGAAGAAGAAGAAGAAGAAGAAGAAGAAAACGGCUGAGCCGGAAGGCCUGUUGUGAGAAGGUACAUGGCCCGUGGGAGCUGUCACUCGGUCCCUCUGAACGGCGGUAACCUUGGCCAAAUUCAGUACUCCUGAGCCCCAUGGUAGAGAGCCAGGGCGCGGAGCAGUGUAAGGAAAGCCACACAGAGGUGUGCUGGCUUCUGGACGUGCUUGACCUCAACUCUAGCUGCUGAGAACUGGAUGUCCAGCCUAGACGUUGCUGUCCUCUGUCAUCAGCCUCGCAGCGUCUGUGCUGCCCACAGGGAGCUUGGAAAAGUCACGUGGAUUAGCUGGUGACGUUUUAGCCGGCUGGAAGUGGACCAGAUGAAUCUGCCCUGGCUCUGCUCAGCUGUAAGGCUGUUGCUCUCCUCCCCACCCCUAACUCUUUUAAAUCCUCUCCCCAAAGGUACCGCAUCCCUGUGAUUAAGGAUUUAUGGGUGAAGAUCAAACAGAAGAGAGGAAAGGAAGCUCAUCAGGAGAAUUCCAACCUUUUUUUUCUUAAAACAAUAAUUUAUAACUUCUUUUAACUGUGACUUUUAGAGCAGAGCAGUAUAACUUUCUGCCUUCUGUCCUGCUGGGGCCCAGAGCUGUGUUCACUGCCCUCCCCAGCAACUCUCCUGCACUAGAACUGAAGCGAGGGAGGCAGAUGGACCAGAGAAGAUCCAGCUCGCGUCGACUGCUUUCCUCCUGGUUGACACCCAGCCAUCUCUUUCUCUCCACAGAGCUAUAUUUUUAAGAGAAACUUUUACUCUUUUUUUUUUUCCCUUCUGUCACAAGUGGUGUCAGUCCUUUUGCUCCCGCUGGAAGAGAGCCGUUGCGGUGUAGUUUUUACUCUCACCUUGAUGGGAGUGGUUGUCGUGUCCCGGGAGUUGCACUGAGCAGCUGCUCCAGCAGCUGUUCUCAGCCAAGGCUGCAUAUAUUAUUUUUUUUUUUUUUAUGGAAUACAAAAUAAAAGGAACGGUGAGACUUUGCUUCAGGUGUGUCUGAGGGAAGAGGUGUGAAGAGCCCUUUGGCUGGGGAGGCAACCCCCUGGGGGUUUGGGGGUGAGGAAGGAAGGACCGGACCCCCUCGGGCUCCUGCCCAGGCCGUGCAGGCUGCCUGGGGGCUCUG